AUGGAACUGAAAGACGAAUGGAUUCAACAGGACGUCGUUUUGGAGAAUCCCCUGUUGAAAAUAACCUUGAAGGGGAUGAUGUACUACGGAAUUGUGCUGUACAAAAGUCAGUCGAAGAAGGUACUUAGCAAUUUCCUAGGAAUAUGUUUCACCAUUUCGAUACUCGCGUUCAACAUCACUCAGUACGUGGACCUGUAUCAGGUGUGGGGCAACUUCAGUGAGAUGACAGUUAAUGCAUCGACAACACUAUUCUUUACUAGCACAAUCACACGCCUUUUACAUUUCUAUUGGAACCGAUCUAAAUUCAACACUGCAAUUCGGAGAGCAGAUGAAAUGAUUCGUCAGGUUUUGCACCGAGGAAACGAAGCCGAGAAACGGACUCUCACCGGCAAUGUCAAGUACAUGAAACGUCUAACAGCUGUUUUCUGGAUUUGUUGCAUGGUCACCCCCAACAUAAUGUAUGUUUCCACCCUGCUACAAUAUUUUUUCAUGCAUCCAACGGAGCACCAACCGACGGUUAUGCGUUCGUGGUAUCCAGAAUCGAAAAAUCACUUCGCGAUUCUUUACUGUAUUCAGCUGUAUAUACUGUGCAUUUGUCAAUUGAUCAUUCCCUGCUGGCACAUGUUUGUGAUUAGUUUGAUGGUCUUCGUACGAACCAUGUUGUUGGUACUGAACUACAAACUGUCACAUCUGGAGCACUAUGAAAUAUCCGAACUAAGCGAUGAUCUCCCGGUCCGGAAGCCGCAAGAAUGUCCGAAAGCGACACGCUGUUCAUUGCGCAAGAAGCUUUUGAUAGAGUGCAUUCGGUUGCAAUGUGAUAUUUAUGACUUUACGCACGAGUUGGAGAAAUUGACGAAGAGUUCUAUGUUCAUGGAUUUUGUAGUGUUCUCCGUACUGCUUUGCUUGAGAUUAUUUGAAAUAUCUGUCACUGACUCGACCGUUCAAGUGCUCAUCGAUGUCUGUGUUAUAAUGGUAUCGAUUGCAAUUAUAUUUUUGUACUACUGGCAUGCCAAUGAAAUUUCCUACCAUGCAAACUCUUUGUCAAAUUCAGCAUUCUCAAGUGAUUGGUACAACUAUCCACGUUCGGUAAACCGCUACUUGAUUACAAUAAUCUGUUACAGUAUGAAACCGCUCACAAUGAAGGCAUAUUUUGUGAUGAUGUCAUUGAAUACUUUCAUAUCGAUAUUGCGAGCUUCUUAUAGUUACUUCACAAUCCUGAAACAAGUAAUUGAAUAA